AUGGUGGAACGUCUGCAUCGUCAUCUGAAGAACGCCAUUCGCUAUCUUGAAAGCGAUUCGUGGGUGAACAUGCUGCCUAUCGAAUUCCUUCUCGGAAUUCGCGCCGCCUGGAAAGAAGACCUCGGCGCAACUCCUGCCGACCUCGUCUUCGGUGAACCGCUCCGACUACCGGGGGAAUUUCUUGCUUCCUUGCCACCACGCGAGCUACCACCUACCAAUAUCGCCGAUCGUCUGAGGAAUCACUUCGCCGAUCUCGCUCCUCAACCCAUCGCCCGUCAUGGCCAGAGGAAGGUUUUCGUCUUUAAGGAGCUCGCAAACUGCUCACACGUCCUCGUUCGUCGCGACGCUCCCCAUCACGCCUUCACGUCCCCAUACGAGGGGCCACACCAAGUAAUAUCGAGGCACGAGAAACAUUUUGUCAUUCGAAUUAGAGGCGAAAAUACCGUAGUCUCUAUCGACCGUCUCAAACCCGUUUUCUCGCUCCCAGACGACGAGCACAACAAUGACGACGAAGCUAACGACGAUUCCCACGACAGCAAUACGACACUGACUGCACCACCUUCACCGGAGUCACCGCAACCGGGAACAUCUCGACGUUCGUCAUCUUACCGCCCAUCUGACACCGGCUCAUCGACGUCAUCAAUUCAAAAGCGCGUCAGAUUCGCCAAACGACAUCAGCUGUUCUCGACAAAUCGAUAUUAUUGA